AUGCCGCGAUCAUCCCGACCAUCAAAAAAUUUGAAUUCUCGUCCAUCUAGUAAUCAAGAAUUAUCUGAAUAUGAACUCAUUCGUCAAAAAAAUAUAAAAGAAAAAAAACCAGCUAAGGCCAAAAUACCUUUAAGAAGAAGUAAUCGAAUACUGAAUAAACCUGCAGAAAUUGUACCAAAUUCAGAACAACAACCUGAAGAAGAAUAUUUUUCAAGAAAAGAACCAAAAUUAUCAUUUAUUCAAGCCUGUUUAACCGAAACAGAAGAAAAACCAAUUGAGGAGAUUUUAGAAAAUCUUAAGCAUCAAGUUUUGAAUAAAACAGAUUCUAAAGAAAAUAAGUCAAAAUUAAGCAAAAAAUUCUCAUCUAAAGUUGAAGAAUUGAUAAAAAGUUUUUCGCACAUGGAAUUACCCGAAAAACAGGCUAGAAAAGUUGUCCCAGAAAGAAUUUUUUCCCUUUGCUGGUUCCCAAGAAGUGAUACUAGACCCAUGCUUUUUGCUGGUGAUAAAUGGGGCAGAAUAGGAUUGUGGAACAUGGUUUAUUCUACACCCCUCGAACUCAACAAUUUAUGCAAAAGUUUUGAUUUUUUGACCCCUAACGGUGAUGCCUUUUUAGUAGCUCAGCAAAAUGGAACUGUUGUAUUGGUGGAUCAUAGAGCUUCUAAGGAUGCCAAAUUAACUCAACAUAUCUAUGAUUGCAGUAGACGGUCCCUCCGGACUCUUCAGAUGCAUCCCCUUAAUGCUAACUUUUUUUUGACUUCAUCUUCCGACACUAAUGCCAGCAUAUGGGAUCUACGCUAUAUGACGACAUCCUCCGAAUGUGAACCUUUAGUGAGAAUGACGCACCCUAAAGGUAUACACUCGGCAUAUUUCAGUCCCCAAACUGGUUCUAAAGUUUUAACGGUGUGUAUUGAUGAUAGCCUUAGGGUAUUCAACACUGAUCUCUCAUCCAGAAUAGGGGACAUCAAUAAUUAUCUAAUGAAAAACCUUCCUGGUCCUCCUCUGUUAACGCAAAUCAAACACAAUAAUCAUGUUGGAAGGUGGCUUACCAAUUUUAAAGCUACUUGGCACCCUCAUGUGGAAAAUUUCUUUGCUAUAGGAAGCAUGGAACAUCCAAGACAAAUCCAAAUAUUUUCUACAGCCGGGGAUUUGGUUUAUAAAUUUAUGUCAGAAAAUUUGAGCUCUAUAACAUCCUUAAACCUAUUUCAUCCUCAUUUGAACAUGCUGGCAGGUGGAAAUUCUAGUGGCAAGGCAUUCAUAUUUUCUUAA